AACAACUGUAACAACUUUAUCGUCGUUUCUUCUUGGGUAUAUUGUAGUUCACCUGUUUUUAUUGCCAUUUUGUGUUGUUUUUUUUUUGUAUUGUGCCUUCCAAGAGUUGUUAAUUCGGAACAGAUUUUCUUAGCUUGGUGCGGAUUUAUCAGUAAAAUCAUUUGAACCGAGUGGGCUAUGCAGUGGGGCUCACCAGAAUCGAUGCUCUUGUUUCGCUAAGGCGGGGGCUGCAUUUCAGUAUGUGUCCUAUAAGUAAAGCAGUGUUUCGGAUCACAUGGCAUGAACAGCACUCUUUAAAAUGCAAGCUAGCAAUUCAUUUAAUCAAUUUCACAGAGAGUUCUGUACAUUUGGAGGGCGUGCGAAUACCCUGGAAUAAAGAUAUUUAGGGAAUGCGGCUGUUUAAUACAUAAUAUUUAACCUCAUAAAGAGAAAGGCUGGGUAGGUUGGAACCCCACAUAACCGCUCGUCUCCCGCAGACGUUUGUUAUAAACUCGACUUGGUCCAAAGAUGUCGCCAAAGACGCUGUUAAUACCGCAGCCCAGCGCGCCCGCUGUCCGAGCAUGCGUCCUCUGCAAGCGGAAGUGCCAGAAGGCUUUUGUAGCGAAGCUGGGGCAGUUAGUAACAUGUUCGGGUUCUUCAAAAAAAACAAACUCGUUAAACUCCGGGGUUUCGGAAGCAAUCAAAAAUACGGCAUGGCGGCAACGAGCGUGAAAGAGCUUCUCAAGAAGGGCUGUGAAACCUUGCAGGUCCCGCAUUCGGGCUCUCGGGUCUGUUUGUAUGAAGACGGAACAGAAGUAAGCGAAGACUAUUUUAAGAAACUCCCCGACAACACUGAACUCAUUCUGCUUGCUGCAGGGCAGACCUGGAAUGGAUUCGUCUGCGAUGUCGGCCUGCUACUGGGCGCCUCAGACCUCCACACCGAGCUGCUGAUCGAGUCAGCGAGGGGUCUCCUCACAGACGAGCAUGCUCCCAAGAGACGCAAGAUCCUGCAGGAGCUCCUGCACAACCUGAAAGAGACGUCGGACUUGGAGAGCAGGGAAGAAGACGAGGACUGGUUUGAAGGUGUUGAUUCCAGGUUCAAGACUAAAUCUGCGUACAUGAAGUACAACUGUGAGAACAGAGUCCGUGGAUACCUCAAGGAGGUUGAUGGCUAUACUCAGCAUAUAAAGUGUCCCAGGGCUCGGGGAGAGUACAAGAAGACUGUGGACAUGAUGACUGAAAAGCUGAAAGCCAUCAAGUACAACGGCUGCUACUUCGACAGGAAAGAAAAGGAACCCAACCGCCUCUGCACUGAGGAGGGCUGGUUUUCCUGCCAGGGAGCGUUCGAUCAAGAUGAGUGCUUGUCCCUACACUCCAUCAACCCCUACGGGAACAGAGAGAGCCGAAUUCUAUUCAGCACGUGGAAUCUUGAUCACAGGAUUGAGAAGAAGCGCACAAUCAUUCCCACACUGGCAGAAGCACUGAAAAAGCACAAAAGCAGUGAAAUCAACUUGGACUAUUUUUACCGACUACUGUUUACCCGAGAGAAUUUAAAAUUAGUGCACAUCGUCUGCCAUAAGAAAUCCGUUCACGACCUGGUGUGUGACAAGAACAAGAUCUAUAAGAAAGGAAAACGGCGCAUAAAAUGAAGUCAGAGGGCAUUUGUACUUUCCUUUUUAUAUGAAGAAGUGAAACUGAGCCAGAAUAAAACACUUGAAAAAUAAAAUGAACAAAAGCUACUUUUGUAGAAUUUACACAUCAAAAAGCAAUAAUACAGUAUGAUUAGAUUGAGAGAGAAAAUACCCUUUUUAUAACUGAGUGUGAUCAAGUGCCAUUUUUAUGUUUUAGGCUGAAAAAAUGUUCUUUUACCCUUCAAUUUAAUGCAGAUGGAAGAAACAAUGAAGAAAUUAAUUUUACAAAUGUACUGCAGCCUUCCACUCAUUUGGUAGAUUGAUUCCAAUUCAUUAAUGUGUCUUCCAAAUGCAAUAUUUGUGGUUCUCUAACAUCUUUUUGAAAUGUACAGUGAUUAAAACUAAUCAGAACACCAGAAAAGGCCAUUCCAUUAUAUUUUUAUGGAUUUUGUUUCAU